AUGCUGGGUCUGACGGGCGAUGCUGCCCGUCCGCCGCCUUUGAAGAAGCAGAAGACCGUCGAGCGGCGUCCGCUCGAAAAGGGAAUUGCUCGUGAGGUUUCGGCUCUUAUGGGCGAACGCGCUCCUCCGAUUGCUAUGAUUUCAAUCCAGCCAAAAUACAAACAACGACCGAGACGAUCACAUCGAGCUGCGCCUUGGGAAUGGGCUCCCUUCAACAACCAAGCAAGAGAGGACCGUCUUACCUUACAUCACUGGCAGCCUAAGCAUACUCCUAAGCCUCGGCCAGAAUCAGAACAACAACCACAGACCGAGUCGGAAGCCGAUGUUGAGAAACAACCAGAGCCCGAACCGCAGCAGAAAGACUACCAAUACGCCAAGUACAAUGUUCAGGUCGAGACUCCCUCCUAUAAUCAGGAGCUAUACGACGCUCAGCUACAGGACCCGGAUUGGACCAAGGAAGAGACGGAUUACCUGGUCGAAGCCGUAAGAGACUAUGGUCAAAAGUGGCCCGUCGUCAUUGAUCGCUAUGAAUACCAGCCUGAGCCAACUGAAGACGGUGCAGAAGCGCCGCAACCGAAGUCUCGUUCUAUGGAAGAUCUCAAAGCACGUUAUUACACCGUCAGCGCAAAGGUUCUGGCCAACCACACGCCCAUUUCGUCAAUGACUGGCCCGCAAUACAACCUAUACUCCACCUUAACUUCAUUCAACCCCGUCCAGGAGACAUCACGAAAGAAGCUCGCCGAAGGCCAUCUCUACCGUACUCAACUCGAGGUUGACGAAGAGAACGUCCUGCUCGCCGAACUACAACGCAUCAUGAUCAACCAGCAACAACUUGAAAACGAGCGCAACGAGAUCCGCGAUAGACUUGAAUACCCUUCGACAAGCAACACCGCAGCCGCCCAAUACAGCACGUCCCAACAACUCGGCCAGCUCUUCCAACAACUACUCCAAGCCGAUCGCAUGAAGAAGGAUCGCCGCCUCAAAGCUCAAGGCGAGACCCCCGGUAGCGGCCCUCCCACGUCCGCACAACUCCAAUCCGCUGCAGGUGCAUCCUCCGCCCACCGCGAUAGUAUCAGCAGUGCCACCGGAGCCCGCAAAGCCGGCGGCCGCGACUCCAUAGCUGGAGGCAGCGCAGGCAUGGAUCCCACUGCACGCGCCCUGACCCCUCACGCCGCUCAUCGCUACUUCGUCACCCAACACGACCGCCUCAGCAGCGGUGUCUCCUUUGCCUCUGACCGCCUGCACCGCGCCCGCAGCGCCAAAUCCAUGAUCCAGACUGAGAAGAUCUCAGCCAUACUCAACCAUCUGCGCAUUCCUGACAUCAUUCCUCUGCCUACCCAACGCGUAAUCGAAGACUUUGAAAAACUGAUGCAAAAGGUGCAUUUGCUGUUGGACAUGCGCAAACUUGCUGACAAAGAGGAGCAAGAGAUCAGGGUCAAGGAGGCUGAGAGGAAGGUCAAGGAGGGAAAAGAAGGAGUUAAGGAGGAAGGAGAGGAGAGCAAGGUCGGUCGGAAGAGGAGUGCGAGUGUGUUGAGUAAUGAUGCUCAGGGUGCUACCAAAAGGCCCAAGAAUUAG